AUGACGACCAAACCUACCGUUUACAUACUGGACCAGUUCCAUCCCGCAGCGGUUGAACACGCCAAAACACUUUUCAACGUCAUACAAACAGAGGACGAAGAAUUCAAAAACUGGCGACAGAAUGCCAAGGCUCUGCUAGUCCGGGGGUCGUACGUUACCGCCGAUGUUAUCGCUAGUUGUCCGAACUUAGUCGCAAUUGGCAAGCAUGGAGUUGGCAUUGAUAAAAUAGACCAAGAGGCAUGUGCAAAGCGAGGAAUCAAGAUUCUAAAUACCCCCGGAGCUAAUGCACGCGACGUGGCCGAGCUGGCUGUUACACUGGCUUUGGCCCUGGCACGGUGUAUUCGAUCCAUCACAGUUCGCCAAAUGUCACAGCCGGUGCCAAAGGAGUCAUGCAAUGGACUUACGCUUUAUCAAAGAACUGUUGGUAUUAUUGGAAUGGGCAAUAUUGGAAGGCAAGUCGCCGAGAUUUUUCAAGGUGGCUACGACACAGAUAUCAUCGCGUUUGACGCCUUUCUACCCGAAGACCAUGAAUCGUGGCAGCAUAUCAGGCAUACGAGAGCAAAGAGCUUUGAGGAAGUGCCUGUCAAAGCCGAUGUUAUCUCAUUGCAUAUACCUUUGACUCCUGAGACGCGCGACUUGAUCUCCUACGAGCAAAUCAGGUCUAUGAAGAAGGAUGCGAUCUUGAUCAAUGCGGCUCGUGGCGGUAUAGUGAACGAAGAGGACCUAGCGAGGGCACUCUCUGAGGGUCAUCUGUGGGGAGCUGGUCUUGACUGUCAUGAGCAGGAACCACCAACAGCCGAGAAGUAUGCAAAACUAUGGGAGAACCUGAAUGUCAUCAGUACGCCGCAUAUCGGAGCGGCGACCUCAAGAGCACAAUAUGCAAGUGCUAUGGGCGCUGUAAAUAACCUGUACGAAUAUUUAUCUAAAUUAUAA